CUCAUCCUUUCCACUUGACUUCACUUCCUACUAUUCUACUCUACCCACCAGACUCCCAAACCAGAUCUCACUAUGCUCUUCAACUCUGCCUCCCUCCUCUGCGCCAUCGCCGUCGGUGCCAUUGCCGUCAGCGCUACCCCCGUCAAGAUCAACCGUAAGCCCGUUGACGCCACCGAGUACUUCACUGGUGACCAGACCGUCAAGAAGGCCGAGUACAUCUACUACGGUCACGGUCUCGAUGGUGUUUCUCGUGAGGACGACGAGUUCUGCGUCGAGUGGACCCAGGCUUCUCAGGCUCUUGAGCAGAGCGGGGGUGUGAACCUGAUGUCUCAGGGCUGCCAGGUUGUUGACUACGAUCAACAGGUCGCUGCCGUCUGGUCCACCGAGGCCCAGAACCGCGGCCACACCUUUGACCGUACUGGACCCGUAGGAUACAGCAUCCAGGGCACCACCUGGGUAACCCCCAAGAAGGACCGAUACAUCGGCCACGGUAACGGCACAUGUGAGAAGGUCGUCAAGGGCUGGUGCCGUGACAACAACGUCUCCCGCACUGGUUCCGACCUUACCGUCAGCGCUUAAAGAUUUGUCGAAAGCUUGAGGCCUCUCGCGAAUGCGAUCUGCACCUCCAAGAUGGUUUUGUUGAAUUCUCGUCCGUUCGCUGAAUACCGAUAAU